GACGUAUUCCCAGUAAAUUGUCAUCAUAAUGCAGCGGUGAAUAGCUUAUCAUUGGAAAGUAUGGAAUACCAGUACUUGUUGAGUGGGUGUGCGGAUCUGUCGAUCAAGUUGUGGGAUUUGAAAGCCCAAGAAGAAGUCAAAGGUGAUGAUGAAGACCCUGAUUGGCGAUACCGAAGACAAUAUGAAGAUUACGAUUAUGACAAUCCAAGACAAGUUUUCACGAAUAUCGCCACUGUUCCUCGUAAGACCGCACAUACUUUUGGAAUCAGCUCGAUCAUGUGGUGGCCGUUUGAUACCGGGAUUUUUGUUUCUGCUUCGUUUGACCACACGGUUAAAAUAUGGGAUACUCAAGAAAUGGCCCCGGUUCACGAGUUUGACAUUGCCAAUCGGGUGUAUCUGAUUGAUAUCAGGGGCCACCAGUCAAAUGAAAUGACGGCUAGUGCGCUUAUUGCGGUUGCUAGCGAUCAACCUUUUAUCAGACUAUUAGAUAUUAGGGCUGGUUCCAGCGCCCAUACCUUGAGUGGCCAUAAGGGCAAGACCCUUGAAGUCAAGUGGCAUCCGACCAACCCGUUUCUCUUUGCUUCUGGUGGGUUUGAUGGGGAAGUCAAGGUGUGGGAUAUUAGGAGAAGCAAUAAUUGCUUAUGUCGUUUGGAUAUGUUGAAGACCAGUUCUCUGACCCAACAUGAUUCUCAUAAUCUUACCAAAGCUUCGGUGAAAGCCCACCUGGGCCCCGUCAAUGGCUUGGUAUGGGACGAGUCCGGAACCACUCUUUUCACUGCCGGGAACGAUGAUAAAGUCCGCUGCUGGGAUGUUGCUUCGUCCUUAGCUCCUCCGAUUAAUCGUUUAAUUAAUUUUGGUCCCUUAACAAGAAACAAGUACCCGCAAACAAUUCCAAUCUUGCUAAGCUCGAAGCUGGAACUGGAACUACAAUACCUUCUUUUCCCUAGUGAUAACGAUGAUGUCUUUGUCUAUAGAACCAUCGAUGGUAAAUUGCUAAGUCGAUUGAGCAGACGGGGUAGUAAAAAUCACGGUCGUACUUCUUCUAUGUGCUACGCUGGUCCUUCCUCCGGCACUUACUUCUGUGGUACCAUGGAUGGUGAAAUUGUAACCUGGGUUCCUUCUUGGCCCACCUCCUAUGAUCGACAAGCUAAAUUGGAACUGAAGGACGUCCUUGACAGAUCUCAUUUGGUCAAAGAAGCCAAUGAAAUAUUGGCCAAUGACCCGUUUCUACAAAAAUCCUUCCCCACUUGAUAGUUUAGUUGUGUUUACGAAUCUACUCGACCACCCUGUA